CUUCAUACGUUCUAAUUUCCACCUACAACUUGGCGAUCGGUGAUUGCCGCCCGUCGGUAUAACGAGGAUGCAAAAAGCACGAAGGUUGUUUUCGCGAUUAAACCUCCCGGCUUCGACCAGCGCUGAGAUCCGAUUCGUCGGUUGAUCUUACUUUCUGUCGAUUACUGCACGGUCUUGAAUAUCGUGCAACGUGGUUACCUACGAUUCCCGGUGAAGCUGCAGGUAUCCAAUAUAAGUACCGGUGCCAAAUGACACCGUGGUUCAGUGCACGGAAUGGAGCGGACAACUUUACACAAGCGAAAUAGAUUCAAGAACUGUCAGCUUAGGUCGUAGAACAAUUAUUAGAGUGAGAUCGCGUAUCCCGCUUAAGCCAAGUGUGCAUAUAAUAUAUACGUGAAAGGCAAAUAUUAAAAAUGGCGGUAAAACAAGAGGAUCGAUGGCGAAAUCGCAAGGGUGCGGGAUGCCUGAUGAAAAUGGCGAAGAAGAGGGCGCCGAUAUUGUCAUGGCUGCCGAAAUACAAUUCGGAAAAAUUGUUAAGCGACUGCAUCGCCGGUGUGACGGUGGGCCUGACGGUUAUACCGCAGGGUCUGGCCUACGCCACAUUGGCGGGUCUCGAGCCUCAGUACGGACUCUACUCCGCUUUCAUAGGGGCGAUGGUCUACGUCGUUUUCGGCUCCUGUAAGGACAUCACCAUCGGCCCGACCGCCCUGAUGGCUCUCAUGACAAACCAAUACGUCAAAGGCAGGAGUGUCGAUUUUGCGGUCCUUCUGGCCUUCCUAUCCGGAUGCUUGCAGCUCCUGAUGGCCUGUCUGCGCCUCGGUGUCCUUGUCGACUUCAUCUCGGUUCCGGUAACCGUGGGUUUCACUUCGGCAACAUCGGUGAUAAUCGCAGCCUCGCAAUUGCCGAGUCUCCUGGGACUGAAACUCCGUUCAUCCGGAUUUCUGGACACUUGUACGAAAGUCUUCUGGAACAUCGGUCAGACGCGGCCCUGGGACGCCGGGAUGAGUAUAUCCUGCAUAGCGGUUCUCCUCCUCUUGAGGAAAUUAAAAGACAUAAGACUGACAAGUGGCGGCGAGAAGCCAACUAAACGGCAGGAGGUUCUCGCAAGGAUAAUGUGGCUCGUUUCGACGUCGCGAAACGCCAUCGUGGUCAUAGUGUGUUCGGUGAUAGCGUACAAAAUGGAAACCUCGGGUUCCGGUUCACCGUUCCGACUUACCGGUCCCGUCCGUUCCGGUCUGCCGGAAUUUUCCCUGCCGCCGUUCUCGACCCAAGUUGGCAACCGGACCCUAUCCUUCCUCGAAAUGUGUUCGGAACUCGGUUCCGGGAUCGUCCUCGUACCCAUAAUCGCCGUCCUUGGUAACGUUGCGAUAGCCAAGGCCUUCGCAAGUGGCGACAACAUCGACGCUACCCAGGAACUGUUCACCCUUGGACUCUGUAACGUCUUUGGGUCCUUCGCCAGCUCCAUGCCGGUGACAGGGUCCUUCAGCAGAUCAGCGGUGAAUCACGCGAGCGGGGUGAAGACUCCGAUGGGUGGAAUUUAUACCGGGGUCUUGAUCCUGUCGGCGCUGAGUCUGCUCACGCCGUAUUUUUACUUCAUACCGAAAGCUUCUUUAGCUGCGGUUAUUAUUUGCGCUGUGAUAUUCAUGAUUGAGUACGAAGUUGUGAAACCGAUGUGGAGGUCCAGCAAGAAGGAUCUCGUACCAACGUUCGUCACUUUCUUGGUAUGCCUCGUUGUCGGAGUCGAGUAUGGCAUUCUUGUCGGCGUUGGAAUCAAUCUGAUGUUCCUUCUCUAUCCCUCGGCUCGGCCCACCAUAAUCGUCGAAAAGUGUGUCACGGAUUCUGGUGCGGAAUAUCUUCUAGUAACACCGGGUAACAGUUUGUACUUUCCCGCGGUCGACUUUAUCAGACAAUCGGUUGGUCGUGCCGCAAGACGAGAAGGUUGCAGUCAGUUGCCGGUUGUCAUCGACUGUCGGUUCGUCCUCGGAGCCGAUUUCACCGCAGCAAAGGGAAUAGCUGCGUUGAUAAAUGAGCUCAACAACCGUAAACAAGGAUUAUAUUUCUACAAUCCAAGAGCUGAUGUUGUUGCCGUUUUGAGAGGCGCCUGCGGCGAAGAUUUUCAGCACGUUUCUACCCAGGAGGAACUUGCCUAUCUCCUAUACUCUAAUCCAGACAAAUCAAGACAGCUCUUGGAAGUAAAGAAUGAAGAAUCUCAACCACUGACAGGGCUAAAUUCGGGACUUGUACGCAGGAGUCAAUCGUCCCAUGAACUGAACGAGGUGACAAGUACACUGCUCAACGCAAGCGUGGCUUGAGACAUAACCAGAAACGGUUCUAAUCCGUGUUUAUUAUUUGAUUAAGAAUGUUUGUCACUCUGGGAGAAAAAAAAAAACUUAGAUGUUAUGAUUUCAGCGACAAAUACAAAGUACAGUUUAAAACAAAACCUCGCUGUGUUUAAUAUCUCUUUAGUGUUUUUACCUAGUAAUUUAGUAAUUGUAAUUGCAUGGAAUACAUGUAAGUGAUUCUGAUUUGUUUGACAAAACUUUUUGCAUUUUCUUUCGUACAAGAUGAGAGUCAAGACUGGAAUAACACAAAACACAGAUGUAUCGAAAGGAUAAUAUGUACGCCUUGAAACUGUAACAUUUGAAGCUGAUAUUAUUUCAUCUAUAUCAUACAAUAAUAUCAAUUUUAAUACCAGAUGGCAAAAUUUCCUCUCUGUGCGAUAUAGCGGAUCGUGGAUUUACUUGCGUCUUUGGCAUGUAGGCAUAGAAAUAAAAUGUGCGGGGGAAAGCGGGACAAGUUGACGAUUUCACACAUUCGAUGGUUUUUUUUUCCCUCUUAGACCACAGCUGGGAAUAGAAAAAUUGAAUUUCAGUAACUAAAGGAUUGAGGGGUACCUAAUUUCACAAAUUCGCGCGAUGUGCAAAUUUAUGCAAGAUGAGAAAAAAAACGAAGAAAGAAAUGGCAGAUUUACCUCGUCAUCUUGCCCUGCAGUUCUACUCGAGCCUAGAUCUUAACGUAUAAAAUUGUGACAGAAUUCACCGAUUAAUGAAUUCUCGAAGUGUUUUUGAUAUCGCAAAUUUUUAACGAGUAUUUUAUCUUACGCGUUGUAAAACAAGGGUAUUUACUUAAAUUUGACAUUUACCGUAGAAUCUUAAGAGAAAUUUUUCUUACCUGUAUAAAUGAUAUAACUUUCGCCGUAUCUUAUACCUACAAGUAUUUUUACACUGUAAGUAAUUAUAACUAAUGGAUAAAAGAAUAGCUGAUUAUAAUAAUAAUACGUUCUUUUCAAGAAUUAACAAAUCGGAUUAAAUACUUGCGUGGACUUUGUUGAAAAUUUUGUAGAAAACUAUAUAAACAGGCAUCCCCAAUUUUUUUUCUCUUUCAAAUCGUGUCUCCUUGGAUAGCCAAUCGUUAUGUAAGAAAACUUCAACCACAUACUUACACAUGUAGGUGAAAAGAAUCACCCACGAUUGUUAUUGUAUAACGGAAUGAUACAUACCCUACAUAAAACGAA